AUGAACAGAAGAAUUACAGGAAGAGAUAGAAGGUCCGAGGAUCGUGGACACAUUCCCACUAAUGCCUUCGCUAGCAGCGAUGCAGGGAGCUAUUCCGGGUCCAGCAGUGAUAUUGGAAGUGUACGAACAGCCAGCAGUGUCAUCAACGGGGACGACGACGAAGAGGUGACGCUUCGCAGAGCCUUUGAAGAAAGCCUGAGACUGGAGAAAGAUCGCCAGCGGCAGCACAGGGAAGCUGAAAAGGAAGCUAUGAAUAGGGAAGAUGAGGUCCGCCGACAGUCUCUCCGGGAGGCCCAGGAAGCAGAGAGGAGAGCGCGAGAGGCCGCCCGCGCAGAGGAAGAGGCGAUCCGGGCAGCGUUAGAAGCCAGUGAGCGGGAAGAGGCGGCAAGAGUAAGGAGAGUACGCGAGGAUUUAAGGUCGAUCGAGAAACGCUUUGGGGGUGGAGAUGCAGCUAGCAAUGGACAUGGUUCGCAGGAGAAUCACGAGCGGUCCUCUAGAGACCUGCGUUCGACUGCCCCUAGAUCUAGACGGGGACAUGAUGCCGAAACGCAAAAUACUGCAACCCGGACGGCUGAAAAUCAGGCCACUCGAGGGAGAGCUCAGACUCCGGUCGACCCAAGGGAAGGUCGAGCGAUAAUAGUGUGCAGUCCCCGGGUGAGAGAGGCCAUGGCUUGGAAUUCUCGAGCCUACCUCAUCCGCGGCUCAGAGCAGCCCAGCACCCCUCGCAAAACCGUUCCAAGCAGUUCUUCUUCCAGUGCAUCUUUGGCCUCAAAUCCAACUAGACCUGCACAUCCAGCCAGAUCCAGAAGCCCAAGCCCUCAAUCCUCCAGGAGGUCCAGGCGGAGGUCCAGUAUGCCACUCCAUAACCGAUCGCCCCCAACUGCAGAACAUAAUGCCAUAAAUCCAGCUGCUUAUUCCUUACAAGAUAUCGUGGCGAGAUCCGUCAGGGAGACCUGGUCUGGAGCCCCCUUGACCGAAGCGACCCAAGAGUCCAACGACUACCAAUUGCAGCGAGCUAUCAACGAGUCCGCUGAACAGCACCGAGAUGAAGAUGAAGAAGCUGUUCGACGCAGCAGAGGGAUUCCAACCUACGAGGAAGCUUGUGCCUCGGUGCGGUACCGUCCCCCACCAGGCAUGAGAUACUCCUUUCAAGGCCCGGAUGUCAUUGAAGUCCCGAGAGAGAACGGUCCACCAACGAAGCUGAAGAUCGUAGGGGAUAUGGACCUAGGAGAGGCAAUGAGCGUUGCGAACCAACGGUUGAAGAAGAGAGGCAUGGCACAGUUGAAUUAA